GUAGCCAACGUCGUCAGAAUCCAGACCAAGCCAUUUCUACUUCCAAUCAGUCUGAGGCUAACAGAUACCCCCCACACACACAAAUUCAUUAACUCAUAUUCCGGCUUCAAAGUUCAUCCAAAAUUCAGCUGAUCAUGUCCGGUAAACACAGUUGGCGGAAAGGCCCCAGCUUCUUCUGGCAGCCCAAUCAUCUCAGAAUCCUCCAAUCGCUGGGUGGCACCUGGCGGAGUGGCGGCGGUCGCCGGACGCCCAAUGGCUCCUGGCGCCGACGCGGACGCAUCUUCCAUGAAGAGAAUCCGAACGAGUAUCAGCCGCCGCGGCAGCCCACCCCCGUGGUGAAGCGGGGGCGUUGGUGGGAGAGGCCCAAGUGCAUGCCGGGUCUGGGAGAGAUACUGGAGCCUCGGCGCAUUAAUCCGCCUCGAAACUCGAUGAGUAUCCUGGAUGCCUUGCACUCGCGUUUCUAUGGAAAAUAUUCCAAGGACGAUGGGUCGUGGAAUGAUCCGUCGCAGGAGCAGACUGGUGAGGAAGUGGAGUGCCGGGAAGGCAAGGGCAUCAGGUUCCCGAAACGAAACCGACGCGCGGAGUCGCGGAGAGGAAAAUUGAUAACUUAUCAGGCAGAUCCGAUUGAGUUUGGCACUAAGAAAUCGGCCCAAAAAGAACUAACCAAAUCCGAAGUAAAGGAUCCAUCGGGGUCUUCAAAGGUGUCUUCUGACACCUUUCCACACUCUCCCAAACUGAGCACAUCUGAGCCAUCCAAAGAGCCAUCUGAAUCAGAAUUCGUGGAUCCAUCCUGGCCACGGGGUGACUUAAGGACAUCAGAUUUAAAUAAUCUAAAGAGUCUGUCGCUUGAUUUGUACGCCGAAGUCUUCAAAUCAAAUAUAGACGACCCUUAUGGAUCGACAGAUUAUACUAUUUGUGAGGAGGCAGUCCCAGGAGACAAGUCUUCUGACGGCUUGAAGCGUCCUGUCUUCCGCCUUCCGAAACUCGCUGAUCCUCCUUCGAUCUCAAUGAAUAUAUUCAGUGACACCAGAGUUAAGGGCCCUGAAUCAAGGUUAAAGGGGGAGGCUGCAGUGAGUAUGCGAAGAUAUGUUUCCAAGGAUAUUAAAACUAAGCUGGCUGAAGAGGAAGAGGGUAAUGAGGGAACUCCUUCAGAACUCCUUCCAAGGUCUACCGAAUUUUUCACAAAAAAAUCACCUGAAACGGAUACCUCUAAAUCAGAGAAGAUCCGAACUCCUGAAACUAUAGCCGACAGGGACGAAUCCAGUGGGGCAGAAUACAAACCCUCAGCAAAGGACUCGCCAGAGACCAAAGCUUCUAGUCUUCAUAAUGCCAGCAGAAAAGAUGCCGAAUAUCUGCUGGAGAGGCUGAAUGAGAACACUUUGGAUGUUAGGAGCAUCAUUGGCCUAACCAUUUCCAAUCAGGCUAUAUCGGUGAUGGGCGCACCGCCCUCCGCCAACUCUCUUUUGGCUGAUCCACCAAAGAAAACUGACCAAGAUCCUGCCCAAAAAAGAGUCCCUCCCAAGGCCUUGGCCGAACAAGGCAACGACCCAGUAAGUGCCUUCAGGAAGCCUCCCACCGGGCCAAAGGAUCUUCACAGUCGGCAAACUUCUGGAAAAGCAGCAGGACCUGGAGGCAAGCCCCCCGCAGCAGGAGCCGGAGCAGGAAAAGGAAAAGGACCAGCUGGACCGGGAGCAAAAGGGCCUGCAGGACCUGGAGCCAAAGGGCCAGCCGGAGCCGGAGGCAAAGGGCCUGCCGGAGGGAAAGGACCAGCAGGACCCGCAGGAAAGGGACCAGCAGGACCCGCAGGAAAAGGACCAGCCGGACCCGGAGGCAAAAAACCCGCUGGACCAGCAGAGAAAGGAGGAAAAGGGGGAGGCACGCGGGUCAUCACUCUAAUGCCUGGGGACGGUAUCGGCCCAGAAAUAUCGAUGGCUGUGCUCCAGGUCCUUGAAGCCGCCAAAGUGCCACUGAUCUUCGAGCCCGUCGAUGUCACCCCUGUGAUGGACAAGCAUGGCCGGCAAACGGUGCCCAAGGAGGUCAUCGACAGCAUGAACCGCACCAAGGUGGGCCUGAAGGGUCCCCUAAUGACGCCCGUGGGCACGGGCUUCCGCUCCCUCAACCUGACCCUGCGCCAGCUGUUCAAUCUGUACGCCAACGUCCGGCCCUGCCGAAAUCUGCCUGGUGUGGAGACUGUUUACGGCGAUGUGGAUAUUGUGACCAUUCGCGAGAACACCGAGGGCGAGUACUCGGGCAUCGAGCACACCCUAGUCAACGGUGUGGUGCAGAGCAUCAAGCUGAUCACCCGGAACGCCUCCCUCCGGGUGGCCGAGUACGCUUUCCAGUUCGCCCUGGAGAUGAAGCGGAAAAAGGUGACGGCCGUGGGCGAGGAGAACGCUAUGCGAAUGUCCGACGGGCUCUUCCUCCGUUGCGUCAAGGAGAUGUCCGAGAAGUACAAGAAAAAGCUGGAUGCGGCUGGUAUCGUGUUCGAGUUCUCGACUAUGACGACCGUGUGCCUCAAUAUCGUCCAGGAUCCCAAGCGUUAUGAUGUUCUGGUGUUGCCCAACCUAUAUGGUGACAUUAUCUCGGAUACGUGUGCCGGUCUGAUUGGCGGACUUGGCUUAACGCCGUCGGGAAAUAUUGGUACCGAGGGGGCCAUCUUCGAGUCUGUGCACGGAACCGCCCCGGACAUUGCUGGCAAGGACUUGGCCAAUCCAACGGCACUCCUGCUAUCGACCUGCAUGUUGCUGCACUACGUCGGAAUGCCGGAUCAGGCCGAGAAAAUAAAAGAAUCGAUUUUGACAACCCUAACGGAAGGCAGCGUUCGCACCAAGGAUUUAGGCGGGAAUGCCAAGUGCUCGGAGUACACCCAGGCGCUGAUAAAGAAUCUCAAAUAGUCUAUAGAGGCUCUCAAAAUUUGCAUUUAGUCUAGGUGUGACAUUCCAAUAAAGUUACCAGUUACAUGCCACUUUUAA